AACGCGCUUCAAAUCUCCACCAUAAAGAAGGUCGCGAACUUUUUUUUCACUCUGACUUUUUCUUCACUCUCAAACACACCCUUUUGAGCUUUCCGCACAAAGCUCUUUCAAAGCACAGUCGCUUGAGAGGAUGUGAUUCGUGUUUCCUGCUCUUGCUAUCAUCGCGCAGCAGACAAUAUGGCUUCACAAUCGCAGCCCGUCCCUGAGGGGAUGGAGAACUUCGUCGUCGGACUGAUUGGUAUGGGCGACAUGGGCAAGAUGUAUGCCGAAAGGCUGUCUGCCGCUGGCUGGAGGUAAGUCUUGGAUCCAUUGCGAUCCGCACUUCCAGCUCCAGCUUUUCUUCAAAUGAACAGAUGCUUUCUCCCUGUGAAUGUUACCCCGUACCGGAUGCCGAGUGGCUAACGGCGGAUUUACUUUAGAAUCAUGGCCUGCGACAGAGAAGAGAAUCAGGAGAAGCUUCAGAAAGAAUAUGCUGGAAAUAAAAAUAUAGAAAUUUGUCGAAAUGGCCACUAUGUUUCCCGCGCAAGCGACUAUAUUAUCUACAGCGUCGAGGCCGCCGUCAUUGACCGUGUAAUUGCUCAGUAUGGACCAUCUACCAAGCUUGGUGCCAUCGUUGGAGGGCAAACCUCUUGCAAAUCCCCCGAGAUCGCUGCCUUCGAGGCUCACCUCCCCGCCGACGUCGAUAUUAUCUCGUGCCACUCACUUCAUGGCCCCAAUGUUGAUCCGACUAACCAGCCCCUUGUGCUCAUCCAACACCGCGCCCCAGAUUCAGCUCUUCGAAAGGUUGAGAUUGUCCUCAGCUGUCUUCGCUCAAAGUUUGUCCAUCUCUCAGCCCGCGAGCACGACCGUAUCACCGCCGAUACUCAAGCAGUCACCCAUGCAGCCUUCUUAUCUAUGGGUAAGGCGUGGCACGCUAACAAGCAAUUUCCUUGGGAGCUGAGUCGAUAUGUUGGCGGUAUUGAGAAUGUCAAGGUCAAUCUGAUGUUGCGCAUCUACAGUCAAAAGUGGCAUGUAUACGCUGGCCUUGCUAUUCUCAACCCUGAAGCGAGUGAACAGAUCUCACAGUAUGCACGAAGCGUCACCGAUUUGUACAAACUCAUGCUCGAAGGAAACCGUGAAGGUUUCAGAGAACGAGUCUACCGUGCACGCGACAAGGUAUUUGGUCCAUCCACGUCCUGGGACACACGCCCCUUGCUUGAGCCGUCGAUCCUGUCGUCCUUCUCGCUCGGGACCCCUACAGAUGAGCCUCGACCCAACAACCAUCUCUCGAUUCUUGCAAUGGUCGACUGCUGGGCGGCGCUCAACAUUGUACCCUACGAUCACAUGCUCUGCAGCACUCCUCUCUUCCGCUUGCGCCUUGGCGUCACUGAAUACCUGUUCCGCAAUGAAGAUGUCCUCGACGCAGCCAUUGAGACUGCAAUUGAGGAUAAGACGUACCGUAGCGAUGAUCUGGAGUUCACUUUUGCAGCACGGGCCUGGGCCGAAUGUGUGAACCUGGGACAUUUCGAGACAUGGGAGAAGCGGUUCGUGAGUACCCAGCAGUUCUUUGAACCACGAUUUGAGGAGGCCAAAGUGGUGGGUAAUCAAAUGAUGAAGAAGAUAUUGGAGGAUUCCAAGGAUAAUUAGUAGAGAUGGACCAAUCAUAGGUUAACAAAAGAAUCAUACUCCCACAGAAGCAAAUGUUCCAAGACUCUAGACAAAGCCUGGCUCGACCAAGUAUCAACCAGUCCGACAACCUCUCAAACGCCGCAAAACCCCAAACCAGUUUUAAGUGCACCGCCAACUCUUGUAACCUCACUGGUUUCCCAAGCACACACUUUUCAUAACCAUCGUCCUUACACUUGAGUUACCACAUCGGGAACUCUAGCCUCAAUGCUCUCCUCUGUCAUCGCAACACCAUGGCCAGUUCCGAGUGACAUAGGCGAUGGUUCUCCACUGUUGCCUUCAUUCUCGGCCCCUGAGGACUUGAUAUUGGAAGCAUCGCUGAGGGAGGAGGUGGUUGUUGAG